GAAUUAUUUUUUAAAUUUCUUCGUCUGUUCGUCAGCUUUGUUUACGUGUACGACUUGUGUUGUUUUGCGCUGUGGACAUAUCGCUGUUGUCCGCUCGCUAUGGACUGUGCAACCCACGAAGGUACAAAGAGCAAGGGUGCAAAAAGAAAGGAACAGCGCAAGGCAGCAAAGCGUCGUCAAAAUGGGGAAAACGCACUUAAAGAAGUCGACCAGAAUCGCACUGGAAACAUCGCAAACACAGCUUUGGAGGUACUGCAAAAGUUGAAGGCCGAAUUUGAGGAAGCGAAAGCAAGUGGAGAUGUUGCAAAAACUCGUUUACUUCGUCAACAAAUUUGGAUUUCUCAAGACGCUGCGGCCGGUGUUAAAUCAGCUGUAUCUAAAGAAGAACUCGAUCAUAUCUUGUCUCCUACUACUAAAAAGUUUCCAGUAAUUGACAGCAAAGAAGAGGAUACUUCAGAGGAGCAUGACAAAAUGGUGAAAGCCAACCAAGAACGCGCAAACGCGGCUUCACUUUCGGUGAAAAUUGAAUAUCUUUCGAAGCAACUCAAAAAACUACAAAAGAAACAAACUCAAAUUGCAAAGCUGAAGGAGAGACUGAAAAACGGGGAAAAGCUAGAAAAUACUCAGAUCGAAAAGAUUAACGGGGAGAAAGCUCUUGAAGACCAAAUUGACGAUGUGGAAGAGGAAUUAUAUAAACUGAAAAGAAUGUAGUAAAUAAAUGAUGUUCUCUUAAAUAAUUUAUUUUGAACUGCGUCGUGGUAUGGCAUGUUAUGUUCGUACUGCAGAACCAAUUACCACAAUCAGUCUCCACAUUUGUUUACAUGUUGUCAUUUUACUUAUGUCGUCAGUCGAUUUGUAUUGUGCACUCGCAAAUUGUUGUAUAGGUUGAUUUUUCAUCAUGACUGAUUAUUACGUUUAUAGAAUUAGAAUGAGUUGGUAGUUACGAUUCAACAAGAAUUUAAAAUUGAA